AUGUCUUUGAAAGAAGCGUUUGAGAGAGCAAAAAGAGGGGCGACGUGCGGUGAAUGUGGGGCAAAUGUGCCAUACUGCUACAUCGAAAGACAUAAAAACGAGUGUAUAGUUCGCUUUGAUGACUCCAAAGGGGAUGAUUCGGACAUCGAGGUAGUGGAAUGUGUCCAAUUUUCACAAAGGAUCGUUGUUAAUGAACAAGUUGCCGCAACUAAAGAUGAACCGUUCGCCAAAAGGGUCAAGAUUUCCCCUUCUAUUAAACGGUCAGUAUCUCACAUCGUGCUAGUAAGGCGAUAAGUUGUAGUAUUAUAAUUGACGAAACGAAGCUAAAAUUUUUAUAAAUGUACCUACCGUUAGUCUUUAUUUUUUGGAGCUUUUCACUGGCUAAUACCAAUUUUUGUUAUGUUAGUGUAUACUGGCGGGCCGGGCAAAGGAAAAUUUGAAACGGGCUGGGCCCCGGUCCGCGAGCCAUAUCUGCUUUUACCUAACCUAAGAAAUAGCUUUUUUAGGCCGGCUCCUCAGGUACUUCCAGAAGCCAUUGAUGAUCUCCCCGCCGAUGUUUUAUACAAGAAAUGUAUAGAUAAACUUGAACUACCAAUAAAUGAAAAGGAUCUCCAUUACACAGUACGGAUCUUUAGAAAUAUCUGUAAAACGGUGAGUUUUUUGUAAGGUGAUGAUUUAUGCUUUAGGUUCUAACACAUGAUCUCUCUGAUGAACCUAGUUGUUCUUUCUGGGCUCCACUCUUGCCAUCGUUUUACAGAUUUCUCUCAUUGGAAGGUGAGGAUUACUGUAAGGUGAUGACUUAUCUCCAUUUUUAGCUGACGAGCGAGAUGUUGCCUUAUGGUUGUGUCAGAAUGGUCGACGAUGGUAUGUUCCUUCGAGAUUAAGGUAAGCCGUACGUAAAUAAGAUAUGUGUUGGCUCUGAUAUUGUACUGAUAUUAUAGAUUUGUAUUGUUUUCAGUAUUCGAUAUCGAGAAAGUCUGGAUCUCAAGAAAAUAUUUCCAAAGUUAUACGCGAAGGGGUUACUCUCUGCCUUGACGGAUGAAUAUGAGACUGGUUUGGACGAGGUGUUAUCCGUUUUGAACGCUGAAGAAUUAAGAACAUUCUGCGCUCGAAUGAAAUUGAAUAAGCCGAAGAAUAAAUCUGAGGAAGCCCGGCGAUCCAUCGUCAAUCAGAUCGAGAAUCAGAAGGGAAUUUGUGGUGGAUCGGUUAAACAAGCAGCCCUGAAGAAGUAUGUGGAUGUUGAAGUUUGUAUAUUUUUUAUUCAAUUGAUCUGUUAUCACCUUUUUUAGUGUCCAAAAUAUUGUUGGUUCAAUGUAUCGCGUGAACCUUUCCUUCUAUCAAUUUGUCGUCUCAUUCUGCACUGUUUAUUCUCCGUUUACCAUGGACUCCCAUCGAUUGUUCGAUGAUGAUGGACUUGUCUUAAUUCGUGAUCUAUUGUAAGUCUUUAUUAUCGUUAUAAUUGGGUGUGUUUAGCUAUGAAAUGUACAAUGUUGAGAAGAAAACUGAGAAAUACAUGUACUGCGAUAAGGAAAUUACUCGGAUCAAAGGGAUUUAUCGUGGUUAUGAUGACUUUAUGAAGUAUGUUAGUUAAUAUUGCGAAGAUUCGAUUUUAAUGUUUUGAGGUUAUCACAGUGUGAUUGCAGAUUUAUUACAGCAAAGUUGCUUGAAAUGGAAGUUGCGGCCUUAAAUCGGAGAAAGAAACAUUCAGAGAUCUGCAAUCGAGUUAAAGUUGCCGCGUCUGACCUGCAAUCAUUCCGAAUGGACGUUGGGAUGUAAGAAAUGUAGAAGGUUUUUUGUUAUUUAGGUUGACCAUUUAGGUUGGCGUUCUAUCAAAAAGUGCCGGAUUUCCUGCUAAAAUUUACUUAUCCAGCGAUUUUAAUUCGGCUGGUGAUGCAUGGAGCUGAAUCAGCCCAGAAAUUGAAGGAUUAUGAGCUGGCUUGUAAUUUUAUCUCUUUUCUGAUUCUUCGGAAAGGUAAUAUUUUUGUGAUUCAAGGAUGAUUCUGAUUUGAUUUGCAGAUCUCGACCGAUUUUAUUUGAAUCGAAGAGGACAUCUGAUGGAUAGACUGGCUCUAAACAUGGAAUUCCAUCACAAACGACCCGACUCUGCGUUCACAUUAUGUAAAAGUUUUGUAAAGGACCCUUUGAUUCUUCAAAGAGAUCGAUUGUCAUUGCAAGAUCGGGCUGUAAAGUUGGCAAAAGGACAAAAGAAGGAGUUUACCCCAGUAAUACAUUUGGUUGAUCCGGAAAUCGUAAGAGUAUUACUGUAGAAUUUUAAAAAAAAUUGCAAUAUUAUGACAAUUAAUUUAAGAUCACAAUAUCAGCCACAACCUUGUCCAAGAAUCUCGGGAAUGGUCGAACAAAUAUGUUUAUGUCCAAGAAUGGGGAUAAUGUGGAUUACUGUAGCGUAGAACAGAUCGCAUUGAUCCAUUUGAUUGAGAAGGCGGGCUUUGAGAAUGGGCUUCAUAAAGAAGGAGGAGUGUGGCACACCUUGUUUGGAUUGACUUGUGUGGAUAUUAUCUUCGAUAAAUGCAUUCCAAACUCUUGGAUAUCAGAGCUUCAGGUAAAUUAAUAUAGAAAUUCGAUGUUCUUAUAAGUUAUGUGAUGAUUUAAAUUUUCAGACCUGUCCAAUGGAUCAAAAUAGUCGCUUGUUCUACGAGAGCCGGAAAGAUCAGUUUGAAAAUCGAUUUGCGGAGAUUAGGAAUGAUCGUCAGAAGUUACAUGACAUUGUCAAACUCAAUUUUGAGUUAUAUUAUGCAACGAAAAGUGCAGAAGUUGAUUGGAACACCUUUAGUAUGGCCCAAAAUCGUGAUGAGGUAAGGGGUUUUGGAUUUUGAUUUUUAUUAUUGUAUUCCAGAGGUUAUGGGAAAUCUUGGAAUGUGUAGACCUAGAAAUGCUGAUCAAUCUAUUCCGAAGAUUCGCGACCGAUUACCGCAACUCCCGGAGUGGAAUGCCUGACCUGACGGUGUGGAAUCGGACCCAGAAAACGCUGGCCGUAAGUAUUUAUUGCCCCUAUUUAAAAUUUAUUCCCCUUUAGGUGGUCGAAGUAAAAGGCCCUGGAGAUAAAUUAAGCACGAAACAAAGGCUCUGGCUCGAUUUCUUCGUUCGAAACAAGACUAGGGCGUUCGUAUGUCGGGUAACAAGUCAGUCCUCCAAGGUCCUCCAAUAACUUAGAAUCCCUUCUAUGACAAAUUAUUUGCGAUCACCAUUUAAAAUGUACAUGACUUAUCUCUAUAUUGUGCGCCAAUAACAAGAUAAAUAUUAAAGAGAUUUGAAAUUGGAAUUAGUAGCCUGCACGAAAUUUAGUGGAAUUUCAUAUGUUUAUGUUUAAAAAUACAGUAUUUUUUUGACGCUCUUUCCUCCCACCAGUGCCGUUAUUUUCUCCCCCGGGGAGUGGGGAAACUAAUAAACCAGAAGUCGUUCAUUUCUCGGACCGAAAUGCAAGAAUAUGGUUUGAAUGCGCUGCUCGGAUAACUUUUCUUUCCUUUCGGCCCUGCGGCCCCGCAAAAGGAAUUAAGAACGUUUGGCACCGGCAGCAAAACGCCAACAAACUCCUGGGCCCAGCAAGACGUUCGAACAUCGCCUGCUUCCUUUUGUUUGAGUUUAUUUUAUUGUCCCAUCUUCGGGGCGCCGGGUCUUUGUUUAUGGCGUUGUUUCCUCCGGGCAUUCCUAAUUCGCGUUUGAUUUGUUGCACUGCCUGAGGGAGUUCUAGAAUAUGCUAAGGCUGAGUCCAGCUGCACGUGCGGGAAGACGUCUUGCGCAGGUUUCUGAUGCUCAAGAAAGCAAAGUGCCUAUGGGGAUACUGUAAGAUCGAAAAUAAAAAUUUUUAUUCGAGAAAGAAAAGCAAUCCCUUUUACUGUAAAUAAUUUACGCGAUUAUAACCCUGGAUGUGGUCGAAAAACAGCUGGAGAUUAUAAAUCCUGCAGACAUAAUCCCGGUACUAAAGACUUCUGACAUGUCGGCGCUCACUACCCUCGGGGCUUCAAAAGAGUGCGGUCGAAUCCGAAACCCGAACUCUUCUGAACGUCCGGGUUUCAUUCCGUCCCACUUCAUCAUCAUCGGGACCCUUAAACGUGGCCUUUAUCUCCGCUCCAAAUUCAAUCACGCAAUCUCAUUAAGCCACUAUUCUGAGGGCGGUGAAUCCAAUUCCUGAACGUCGGUCUGGCCAUAGGCCCUGCUUGCGCUGGUCAUGUUUUUUUUGGGGGCUUUAUGAGGGGUUUAAUGUUCGAUGAUGACUUCUUUAUAUUUAUGGAAUCGGGUGGAUAAUGUACGCCGUCUGUAGCCAUGGCCUUGGAAUGUCUCGCCCAUUUCGUUGAGCCGCUCGUUCUCGGCCCAUACGAGUCUCAAAGCGCUCGUUCCCAGUUAAUUAAUCAGGGAACUCAGGUGAAUAACAUAAACAAGUCCAAAGGGAGCCCAAUUAUCGGCUUAUAAUCGUGGAUGAAGUCGUUUAAAGGGACGGUGAGCCAAAGGUUUCUCUUACUUUCUUCAAUUCGAACCCUGAUCUCUCAAUUCUGCCGUCGGCCCUCUCAUUCCUGCCAUCUGUUUGCAACUUGCAGGCAUAUUGAACCCGCCUUUUAUUACCAUUCUUUGCUUUACGAGAUGUAUGGAAUAUGUCAUCACAUUCGGUUAUUUUUAAUGCAUUCCGCAAUAUUCCAUGCCAACGACGCUGUUUUGGGUUAUUUAUGUUGCCAUCUAAUGUCCUCACGGAAAGAGUGCACCGCUUGACCAGUCUCAGUUUCUGGCCGCUAAGCCCCCAUAAAUGGAGGUCGGCAUGGUCGUGCUGGAGAUGCGGGAACAGUAAAAGGCAUCGCUUAACCGCCAGCACGGUGCAGGAUGACAGUGUUUGCUCAGUGCCCGAAGAAACGCGAAAAUAUCAGAAAGAAGUAAAGAAGUCGGGAAAGUGUUUCGUUUAUUUCUUUGUCUCGACUUCAAUCCCCGUUUCCACACGGGGCCGCGGCUAGCGACUAACUUGUGAAGAAGCCCGCACUUAAGACAAAACUCUUCAAAGUGUAGUGGUUGGGCCAAGCCUACAAGAUAAGCGGAGAGCGGAGGAGCGGGGUCGAGCUUUACCUGAGCUCUGCCCUCCAGCCGCACGUUUUUCGCGCCUUACCCUAAAGUGUAGAUUGCCAACGAUAUCUAGUGGAGGCGUUUUACUUGGCCCCUAAUUACCCUUUCCCUUUCCCUCCCCCGCCCCCACCUAAAAUCCCUUUUCGCGCCUAAAAACUAACAAAGUAAUUAUGGGGAGGGAUUAUGUACGUAAGCGACGGGUUUAUAAUGGAAUGCUCUUGUUUUGGCCACAACAAAUCAAAGCGGGCCCCGGGCGCUCUAGGGCACUCUUCCGGUUUCCCCGGGUGGUGGCGCCUGAGGUGGGGCGAGCGGCGAGGUGAUUGAGGCCCUCCGGCCCCAACACAAAAUAGGUGGGUUAUUUCGAAGCCGUGAUCGGCCGCUUCAAGUUUCUCCCCAUAGGCUGGAAAUUCGGCCGUUUUUAACAAACGUCGUGUUCUCUGUCACGUCAAGGCUUGUCUGUCGCCGCUGCUGGGGACAUGUCCUCUUCCUUUCUGUGUUUUUACAGUCCGCUCAUAAUGAUGUUUUUCCUUUUGAGCCCUUGUUUGGGCCCCACCAGGUGGGCUCUGGGCCCACAGUUUUUGGAAUCGGGGCUUGUCCGCCGAAUCCCCCCGUCCUGACAUUACUUUUGCAACAUUUGCGAUGAGGUGCCAAGAGCGAUUUUGAAGCCUUCCAAAUUGAUGCUUUUCGCAGUCCUCCAAUCAGUGCUCGGUCAAGUGCAACUUCUCGAAACCGGAGCUUUAAACAAGCCCUCAAGAGGUCAAGUUAAGGCCCUCCUUUCUCUCGCCCCGAUCCGAAAUGAACAUUGGAGAGGGCAGGGGGAUCCUCGGGGUGCGCGAGAUCGGGAUCCAGGCCUGCGGCAAAGGUGCGUGAGGGCCGAGAGACGAGAGAACAGGCCCAAUGUUUAAGCUAAAGUAGUCGAUCGGAAGAGUGAGGAAACAGCGUACAAGACGGGCUGAGGCAGCCGGUUGCAGCCCCUCCUUUCAGCAAAGUGUAACCAGAGUCUUCAGCGUCAGGUAAAUUGCAAGGGGGCCCGCCGGUCCCCAGAGUGGCGGGGAACACGGAUUUUCGACGAAAUGCGGGCCUGAAACAUUGUUUGCAACCGCCCGUUCCGCGAGUUCAAGGGGUUAAGGCGGAUGAUCCGGGUUGCGGGGUUUGGGUCAUGGUUUCAUCUACUUGUCGGGCCGGGAUUAUGGAUUUCACAAUUUUAAAUGUUUUCGGAUACAUUUUUAAACUCUUUGCAAAUUGUUGGUCCCCAGUUCAACAGUUCAUCCCGUCCGUAAUCCCAGAACAAUCUUUUUUUUAUAUCUUUUCUGCCAUUUUCGUAUCCAAGCACGGGAAAUAUCUUUUUUUAUCUCCAGUUUUAUUUGGCCUUCCCGUUCCGCGCUAUCAUUGCCUCAACCGGUGACAUAGCCUACAUGUUUCGGAUUCCCUACAUUUCUUGCGGAUAUUCCGAACGUCUGUGCUUUGGGGGUUAGUUUAAGACGUCCGCUUCAUUAUUGUUCAUCGGUCCGUUGCACCCAGUGUAAGGAUAGGCUUGGAACGUCUACCUGGCGAUAUACUCAAACGCCUUAGGGGAGAUUGGGGCCGCUUUUGCUAUGGAGACCUGGAUUCCGGUCGGGCGGUUCAGGAAGUCUUAAAAACGGUGGCCUGGGGCGCUAAUUCUUCCAGAGCAACAAACCGGAUAAAAGAAAACCCUCAGCACACCCAAAAAAGUUCGGGGCUGACGCAGCACUUAAAAUUGCACCACAAAAAAGACUUGACACCAUCGAGACGGACCGGCAUACGUGAGGAAACAACUUCUUGCCGGGUUGGGAUUCAAAUUAGGGUCGAGAGCCGUGUGAGGCCGUGGAGAAUGGCCGCCAAAUAUAUUUGACGUUUAGUUUCGGGGCUCGGGGUGAAUUGAAGCCGGGGCCGUGCGCGGGGAUCCGGCUCAUGUUCUCCCGAACAUGUUCUCAAGACUUUUUUUGGCAUCAAAACAGCUGACCGUUUGACCCCAGCUCGUCCCGUGCUUGAUAGAUUACUUUAUUUGGUCAUUUAUUCCGUGAAUUUGCAUUCCCGGAAUUGAAGCCGGAAGUCGAAGGUGAAACUGGAUCUUGCAUAAACUUUUUUCUCCAUUUCCAUUUCUAUUAUAUCAUAUCAUUUCUUUAUUUACGAACUUUAAAAUGCACCGUACCAUGCCUUCUUCGCCCUUGCUUGAAUUAAUUUUUGCCGAGCCAACUUGAGAACUCAAAAGUUUUGAUUAAUUCGAUUACUUUACGGCAUGUGUAACAAUGAAAUUCCUCCGGCCUUUCCCCCAAUUGUCACUUUUCAGACCGACUUUGAUCGUCAACCAUCUCCCACCGGCCUUGACCACUCCACGAUGAGCAAUGGCUGUCGUUGGUGGUCGAUGCCGCCACCCGUGAUGCUCGCUCUCGCCGUUCUGUUCAUUUCCAUCGCCACCACCGAAGCCGGCACCAAUUGUUCGGCCGCUGAUGCGACGAGGAAUUGCGUGGAUGGGCUGCUCAUUCCAUUGUGGAGGCCGUUCCUCGACCUCUCGCUCGGCGACCGGGUCUUCCGCGGCGGGAUCUACUUCCUGAUCAUCAUCUACAUGUUUCUGGGAGUCUCUAUUGUGGCCGAUCGAUUUAUGUCGGGCAUUGAGGUGAUCACGAGUAUGGAGAGGACUGUGGUCGUGAAGCGGCCUGGCCUUGAGCCCAUGAAGAUCAAGGUCCGGAUUUGGAAUGACACUGUCAGUAAUUUGACACUGAUGGCGCUGGGUGUGUAUAACAAAUUUUUCGAUUGACAAGUCUCUGAUCAAAUAGUCAAACUUUAUAUUCCAGGUUCCUCCGCUCCCGAGAUUCUGUUAUCCAUCAUUGAAGUCCUGGCCAAAGGCUUCGAAGCCGGAGAUUUGGGGCCGAAUACGAUCGUCGGAUCGGCCGCUUUCAACUUGUUUAUGAUCACGGCCAUCUGUGUGAUGGCCGUUCCUUCCACCGAAGUUCGAAGACAGAAACAUUUGGAUGUAUUCUUCGUGACGGCCACCUGGUCGAUCUUUGCUUACAUCUGGAUGUACAUCAUUCUGUCAGUAAUUACACCUGGAGUCAUCGAUAUUUGGGAGGGAGUCGUGACGUUUGCUUUCUUCCCAUUGACAGUCUUCACAGCAUGGGUUACUGACAUCAAGAUCCUGCAUGUAAGUGUUGAUGAAGCCUUCUUUGAUCUUGCUUCAGAAAAAAUUCCUACCCCAUCGUUAUCGUCGCGGAUCUCAUGGUCUUAUCGCGACCGAAGCGGAAGAAAUGAAAAUGUUGGAGGGAAAUGGAAUUGCCAAUUCCAAUGCCUAUAAAAGCGGGAUUCAAGGAGAGCUGGACCCUGCCCUACGGGCAUUCGAAGAACAUCGUCGCGAAUUCAUCGAGACCAUGAGAGAACUCCGAAGAAAGAAUCCGCAUUUGGAUCCGGUCCAGCUGCAGAAACAGGCCGAGUACGAGAUGAUCAACAAAGGCCCCAAAUCGAGGGCUUUCUACCGAGUGCAAGCGACCAGACGGCUGAUUGGAGGUGGGGACAUCAUCAAGAAGAGACUUGACAAAGAACAUGACAAGAGUUUGGACGCCAUUCUCAACGCUCAGGAGAAACAAGCUCGACAGAACACCUGUCGUAUCUUCUUCGAUCCCGCUCAUUACACUGUUUUGGAGAAUGUCGGCACGUUUGAUGUGAUGGUUGGUCGAGAUGGAGGUCCGGAGGGUCUAACUGUGAUGGUCGAUUAUUAUACUGAGGAUGGAACGGCGAAUGCGGAGUCGGAUUACAUUCCAGUCAAGGGAACGCUGACUUUCAGACCUGAAGAUCGUCAUCAGGUAAAAAUACAUUUUUAUUUUCUUUUGAUAUAAGCAUAAAACAUAAUUUGUAAUAGCUCAUUUAUAUUUGCGUUUAUUUAUACUUAUGUAUAAAAAUAUUAGACAAAAAUAAGUAAACAAGCGUAUUUACAAAUGAAUCCAGUUAUUAUAAAAACCUUGAAUUUUUUUAGAAAAUUACCAUUGAGAUUGUUGAUGACGACGUAUUCGAGGAAGACGAGCAUUUCUACCUCCACCUCACCAAUCUCCGAGUCCGCACCAAGGACGGUCUUAUCCUGGAUCCCAGCCGUCUUGGAGGUGUUCCAGUGGCCCAACUUGAACUCCCCGCAACUGCCACUGUCAUGAUUCUGGACGAUGACCAUGCUGGAGUCUUCUCCUUUGAGCACGACCACUUCCAAGUCAUUGAGAACUGUGGUGUUCUGCAUUUGAAGAUCAACAGAACCUCUGGAUGUCGUGGUGAAGUUGUUGUCCCGUACAAAACUUAUGACGGAACUGCCGUUGGCAAUAAGGACUACGAAGUCAAGGAGGGAGAAGUUGUUUUUGGGAACAACCAGACUGAGUAAGGGUGAUAGAGAAAUCCAAAGAUCAAAAAAUGAUUGUAUUGUCCUUGCCUCUUACUAUCCAAAUGUUAUUUUUAGAGCCGUGGUGGAGAUCGGAAUCGUCGACACCGAGCAAUAUGAGCGAUCCGACUUCUUCUACAUUGAAUUGCAGCCCCCAAUCUGGGCGAAGAAGAUGUCCGGUAGGUUGGAAUGGAGGCUGAAACUUUAACUUCGGCUAAAUCACCGCUUAUUUUGAUUACUCGCUUUUUUUCUAUCGUUUAUUUGCUUCCGACUUUUUUGGGCUCUCAGUUUGGCUUUGAAUUUCCUGGUCUUGGACAAUUAAGAUUCCAAUCCGUAAUGACGAAGGACCUGCCAACUUUUAUAUCCGAUGAUUUAUGUUAUCAAUCAGAGGCUUUGAUUCGAUUUUUUGCGUCAUCAAACCCGUUCUUGAACCUGUUGAUCCUCACAGACCGGCCAUUUUACCUAUUAUGCGGGUUUGUGGCCAGACUUUGCCGUUUUUGUAACUCUCCUUAUCUCUCCAAUAACAUCUUUUUCUCAACUCUCGACUAACAUUCGGCGUGUGGCGUUUCUUUGGCGUGCGAUUGGAGGUGUGCGGAAUGAAUGUGAAAGAACGAUGCACUCGCACCUUAUAAUUUAACGUAUUUUAUAUUACAAAUUUCAUUGGCAGAUGUCCGCAAAUGUCAGGAGCGCUUCUCGCGCCGCAUCGAACGCAAGCGCCAAUCCUCGUUGUUCCCGGGCUCACAGGACGAAUCGGGUAAGUGGGAAGAGACGUAACUUUGGCAGUACCGUAACCUGGACGUUUUCAUCGCAUAAUUUCUGGUUUUCACCUUCCGCCCACUUCCUUCUGUCACCCCAUUUUAGGUCGAUUGACGCCCAACCGCCGGCGCAGUAUGUUUUCGGCCGAGGGCUUCUUCCAGGGCAAGGUGCGGGACCGUCUUGGCUCCGUGUUCAGCGGCUCCAUUGCCUCGUUGGCCAGUCAGCUGAGUCAGCAACCAGGUUUGGAAUCGUGCAUGUACUCGAUGUUGCCUUCGUUGUUUCCGUGACGUCAUAACAGUGUGUCUUUGAAGGGUCUUUGUCUUUUGCCCCCACUCUGUCCUGUCCACUCUGUCCUGUCUCCUUAAAGUGGAUACGAAACUGUCCUCCUAGCGGACAAAAUGUUUUGUUGACGACCAAAGCUUGCUUGAACAUUUAGUUCGAGCCAUAUGUUGCAUUUCUUUUCAUCUUUCCUUCCACAAUCAUCCUGUUUUAGGUGAAGACAAUGCAAUUCACCUGACUGAGGACCAAUUGGAAGUGGCGGAAUUGGGUAAACCUCGGCUGGGAGAGUACAGGAAGUGUCAGAUCACUAUCAAGGAGAGCAAGGAGUUCCAGGUGGGUAUAAUUAAAGUCUUUUGUCACCUAACUACAGCAUACUUGAUAAAAAUCAAGUUUAUUUUUUGUAGGGAGUUGUGGAUCGAAUGCUAAAGACUGCGAAUGCUUCAUUCAUGCUGGGGACCUCCUCUUGGAGAGAACAAUUUGUUGAGGCAUUAACAGUCAGUGCCGGAGAUGACGAAGACGAUGACGAUGGAGAAGAUGGAAGUCAAACAGGCACUGAGGUUACUGCCAAGCAACCAGUAACCCCCAGCAAGUACGACUACUUCAUGCAUUUCCUGACUGUGCCUUGGAAAUUGUUGUUCGCAACCAUCCCACCAACCGAUUACUGGGGAGGCUGGGCUUGUUUCACCAUUUCGAUCUUGAUGAUUGGUAUCCUGACAGCUGUUAUUGGUGAUAUGGCUUCGCAAUUUGGUUGCUGGGUGGGAUUGAAGGAUGCUGUAACUGCCAUCAGUUUCGUCGCUGUAGGAACAUCUGUCCCCGGUAAGUCUAAUAUAAUUCUUUUUAAUCUUGAGACAAAAAAUUAAAUUGCAAUACAACCUUAAUACUGUGUUAACUUCAUUCCCUCUCCUUUGUUUUAGACACCUUCGCCUCCAAAGUGUCGGCUGUUCAAGACAAAUACGCUGAUAAUUCGAUCGGAAACGUGACCGGUUCCAACGCCGUCAACGUCUUCUUGGGCAUUGGAAUUGCCUGGACAAUGGCCGCAGUUGUCCAUUGGUACCGCGGAAACAUCUUCCACGUAGAUCCCGGAACCCUGGCUUUCUCCGUGACCAUCUUCUGCAUUGAAGCGUUCAUUUGCAUCAUUGUCAUCGUGCUAAGACGUCAUCCCAAGAUUGGUGGAGAGUUGGGUGGACCCCGAAAGAUCCAGGUUGCCACAUCCUUGUUCAUGACUGUCCUCUGGCUGAUCUACUUGGGUCUGUCUGCCUUGGAGUCCUACUGUUACAUCGCCGGCUUCUAA